AUGAAUACAAAUUAUAAAUAUAUAAUAAUUUUAAUAUUUACAUUUUUAAAUUUAUUUAAAACAUGUCCAACAUAUCCAAAACCAAUAAAAAUUGAUCAAAAUCAUCCUUUAUUAUUAAAAGCAUAUAAUGAAAUUGAUAAUUUAAUUCAAACAAAAAUGAAAUCAGAUAAUAUUUCAUCAUUUAUUGCCACUAUCGUAUACAAGGAUGAAAUAAUUUUCUCUAAAGCAUAUGGAAAAAUAAAUCCAUUAGAUGAAAAUUCUUUAAAUUUAACUCUUAAUAAUAAUAUUAGAAUUGCAAGUAUUACAAAAACUUUUACAUCAUUAAUGAUGUUUAAAUUAAGAGAUCAAGGUAUUAUAAAUUCAUUGGAUGAUGAUAUUCGUGAUUAUUUCCCACAAUUUAAAAUUAAUUCAAUUUAUAAAGAUAAAAGAAAUGAAAAAAUUACAUUUAGACAAUUGGCAUCUCAUCAAAGUGGUUUGGCAAGAGAGACUCCAUGUGAUAGAAUUGAUUAUGGAACAAAUAAAUGUAAUGAUAAAGUCAUACUUUCAAAAUUAUCAAAACAAUUUUUAAUUUCAAAACAACCAAAUAUUUUAUCACAUUAUUCAAAUUUAGGAUUUUCAUUACUUGGUAGAGUUUUAGGUGAAUCAUUAAAAAUGAAAAAAACAAUGAAAGAACAACAAGCAUAUGAAUACUGGGUUACAAAUAAUAUUUUUAAAUCAUUAGGAAUGGAUAAUACUACAUUUAAUUAUGAUGAAAAAGUUAAAGAUAAUAUGGCAAUUGGAUUAUAUAAAAAGAGUAAUGGUAGUUUUUCAAUUGCUCCAAUUUCACCAGCUGGUUGGAAUUCACCAGGUGGUGGCAUUUUUUCAACUGCUAAUGAUAUGGCUAAAUUUAUGAUCUUCUUAUUAAGUGAUGAAAAUCAGCAACAGAGUGAAUCAUCAUUUUAUUUAGAAGAAACAACAUUAAAUGAAUUAUUUUCACCAAUGAACCUUUUAAGAGACGGAUUUAGUGUUUAUGGUAUACCUUUUUUACAUACAUAUGAUACAAGUAAUUCAAUUUGGAUAUCAGCAAAGAAUGGUGAUUUAACAGGAUACCACUCAAAUAUGGCAUUUGUUAGACCAUUAAAAUUAGGAUUCUUCUUUUCAUCAUUAUCAGAUAUUAAUUCACCAGAUAUUUAUAUUAAUUCAACAAUUGAUAUUUUAGUACCAAUAUAUGAAAUCCUAUUAAAUGAAGAAGCAUCUAAAAUUCAACAAAUUGAAAAUUAUCUUAUUAAACAAGAAAUUCCAAUUAUCCCAAAUUCAUUUUUAGCAGGUUUUUAUAAAGAUUUCCAUGGAAAUGAAUUUUUAAUUUAUAAUGAAACUUUUAAUGGUAAUGGUGAUCAUACUAUUAAUGGUAAUUUAUUAGUAAACUUUGAUAAUUCAAAUUCAAAUCUUACAAUUCAUACAUUUGAACUUGAUAAAGAUUACCCAUAUAUUAAAAGAAUUUCAUACUAUGAUGAAACUCUUCAAGGUUGUAGAUUAUUAGCAGGUGGUGAAAAUGAAGAAUUAAUUUAUUUUAAUUUCAUAAAUAAUGAUAAUCAACAAGAAUCAACAAAUUUUAAUGAUAUUAAAAAUUUAAAAGUUUAUAGUGUACAGGUAAUGGGUUUAUUAUUAUAUAAAAUAUAA